AAAUGAUUAUGGUUGCAUCAAUUGUAGGCGACAUUUAAAAUUGCCACAAAUUCAGUUUAAUUCAAUGCUGUAAUUCGGCUUUAAUUGUUAAUUAAUCAUGGAUUUGCCGUUUAAAUUGUUAUUUUUUUACUUUUCCGCAAUUUGUAUGUCUAUAUUUUUAGCAUUUUGUAUUUUGAUAAUUGUUACAACUAACCAAUAUCCGGUAAUUCUAAGGAGCAAAAAAGAAAAAGAGUUUUUAGACCCUGUCACCGGAAACACGAUUUUAUUUCCGUCAAUUGAAGAUAAGCCUAGUAAAAAAUUAAGUGUGAUAGUACCCGCUUACAAUGAGGAAAACCGGCUACCUCCUAUGUUGGAAGAAUGUGUGGAUUUUUUAGAAUCAAGGUGUAAACAGACCGAUUUCACUUAUGAGAUAAUUAUUGUUAGUGACGGAAGCAGUGAUGGGACCCUCAACGUGGCUAACGAAUGGUGCAGGAAAUUGGGGGUUGAUAAGUUGAGGGUGCUUGCUUUGGAGACAAAUCGGGGCAAAGGAGGGGCUGUUAGAUUGGGAAUGCAGAGUGCCAGAGGGGCUGCUCUUUUAUUUGCGGACGCUGAUGGAGCCACAAAGUUUUCAGAUCUCACAAAACUAGAAAAAUGUCUUUGGGAGAAAACUGGGGUUGACUAUUUGAAAAAUCCUGAUGAUUUGACUGGGAAAACGGCGAUUAUAGUGGGCUCUAGGGCCCAUUUAGAGAAAGAAUCAGUGGCGAAAAGGAGUCUAUUUCGGACUAUUUUAAUGUACGGUUUCCAUUUUCUAGUUUGGUUGUUUACUGUGAAAGGAGUGAAAGACACACAAUGUGGCUUCAAAUUGUUCACAAGGGACGCAGCAAGACUGUGCUUUGAUAGCAUCCAUGUAGAAAGAUGGGCUUUUGAUGUCGAAUUAUUGUACAUUGCCCAGAAACUAAACAUUCCAAUUGGUGAAGUUGCCGUCAACUGGACUGAAAUCGAGGGAUCAAAACUCACCCCAUUUUGGAGUUCAGUCCAGAUGGGGAAAGAUUUAGGACUGAUUUGGUUGCGUUACAUGAUUGGUGCAUGGAAAAUCAAAGAACGUAUCAAAAAAGACUAAAUAAAACAUUUAUUUCAUAA